UGUAUAAUUAUUCGGCCUCGCCUAAAAAGAGUAUAAAUAUAAUGUUUGUAGACAUUGUUCAAUUGACAGCUCGUGCUCCAGUGGUGGGGAGUUGAGCUUUUAUAAAAGAGGUUGGGGGUUCGAACCUCAUGUCUUUCAAGGUUUAUAUGUAUUAUUGUUCGGCCUUGCCUAAAAAGAGUAUAAAUAUGAAGUUUGUACAUAAUAUAGUGAGGAAAGCUCUUGCUCCAGCGGUGGGGGGUUCGAACCUCACCACUCUCAAGACUUAUUUUGUAUAAUUAUUCGGUCAUAAAAUGACCAUUUUAGCCCUCAACAUUUGGACGGAGCGGCAGAAAUUGGGCACGGAAGACACAAAUUAGAAAGUUUAGGGGGUAAAAAAGUGAAAUUGAGAGUCUGGGGGGUGAACUGAUGACACCCCCAAACUUUAGGGGGGUAAACUGAAAUUAAUCCAUAAAUAAAUAAAACUGAUGGACCCACUAUGGCGUUAGGGUAAGGACCUUAAACUCGAUAUUCAGUCUUGGACUGUCUGAGCAAAGUUUAAGCCACCACCGUAGUGCGCCGGACUCGAAGCAAUUUUGCCAACUCGCAGUCUCGACUGUUCUUCUUCGGCAGCUUAUCAGGUAUCUAGAGUUAAAAUGAGUCUGGUUGACGAAAGAACCAUAUUGAGGAGCAUCGUAACAAAACAGGAUCGUCUGUACCUCCUCAAUAAGGUGAUAGGCGCUCGUUUAAUCUCGUAUGAGAUAAAGAACUUCUUCGUGCCAAAAUCAGACUACACUGAGUUGUCAGAAAAAAAGUCAUACUACACUGGAACUAUCCGAUUUGACAACGAGACACAAAAAGAAGCCUCUUUUUUCAAAUUUGCACAGAAUGAAGGAGAAAUAGCUAAGCAUAUUUUUAAAGCAGCUUCCAAAUUGAAUCAAGAUGGAAUCCUACAGCCCUGGUUUCUCACCAAUAACAAAUUAGAGAAGACGUGGAUUUUAUGUUACGAGCGCUUCAACUAUCUUCUCAGUGAGCUACCAGAUAACGACAUUUUUGAGCUGCCUGAAAAUUGGCGUCUUUCUGUUAGGAACUCUAUGGAGACCAUCAAAUACAUACAUGAACGCUAUCUUCUUCAUCUGGGUUUGAAAAAAAGAAGUAGCUACGCCCUAAUUAAAGACAAGAAUGGUUUCAAAAUCAAAAUCCUCUUUGAUCGUAAUUCGUCGAGUGAGAAUUCGGUGUACAACAUAAAAAAGGCAAAAUUGGAUGAUUGGAAAGAUUAUAAGGACGUGCUGGAGUUUCUGUUGAAGUCAUUGCCACAAACGGAUGACCUAAAGUUGUUUCUAAGUUAUUUUGGUCUGGGCCAAAAUGGGAAAUAUAAGGUUUUCGUCGAUCGGCUCAUCAGACAUCCUUUUCUCUUGCGUGCUGAAGAAAAGAUGCAGCUUAUUACAAAUGUACAACAUGCAAUUAUUACCCAAAUGAUCAGUCAAAAUUUUCGGAAUGCUGUAAAUGGUGAAAAAUUCUCCGAGUAUGAGAAUUGGGAUAAGAAACUUGAUAAUUGGCUGGCAAAUAUAUACUCACGGCAAAUAAGAGCUGGAAUCAGAUAUAACGUCCUCAAGGUAACAGGUCUCAUCAAGUUUUUAAAAGAUAUUUAUGUCCACCAUUGUGGUCAAGUUGAAGAGGUCGAUUCUCAUGUGCCGCAUUCGUUUCCUGGGUUAUAUGGUCGGCUUUAUGAGUCUUUAUGAAGGGGGAAGAGGCUGUCAGUGCAAAGACUGAAUCGAAGUCUGAAACAGUGGAGAAAUCUGACAACUGAAAUGAAGCCGAGAAUCUGGUUCCGCAGCGAACAAGGAAAGUGAGAAUCCACCUCCACUGAAAAUUGAAGUUCCUUCAGAAUGAAUUUGAGAUGUGCACGAAGGCCAGAGGUUAUCCCUGCAAAUGCAUAGGUGUCUCCUUUGCAUACAUAAGCAGGGAACUAGAGUUGGGGAGCAUGUGGUGAUGAGGAAGCUUACUAAUGAAUUCAGCAAUUAUAUAGAAGAAAUCGUGGUUUGAGCGAUAUCUUAUCAUUUGAUGCAAAACAAAGAUCCAGUGUACCGUAAUGGAAAGCGUGUUAUAUCAUCAACAAGUUUGUCCCCUGGACUGAGUAUAUUCCAGGAGGGAAUAUAUGGCGGCAAAGAUUCUCUGAAAUUGCAGACAGAUGCUGAUUCUGACGAGGUCUUUAUUUUAUCUUAAUUUCACCUUUGAUAUUGUGCAUCUCAACAAUUGGACUAAUGAUUUAUCAUUUGUUCUCAAACUGAGGGGCAAGAAGCUGUCAGUGAAAGACUGAAUCAAAGUCUGAAACAGCGAAUAAAUCUGACACCAAAAAUGAAGCAGAGAAAUCUGGUUCUGCAGCGAAAAAGGAAAGCGAGAAUCCACCUUCUUCAAAAAUUAACUUGGAUGUUAUUAACAAGUGCUGCAUAUGUUCAUCUGAAACACUACUUAUCCAAACACAUCCGGAACCUUUCACCUGCGAGCAGAGCUAUUUGGCUAUCAGGACCUGCAGAACUUCAUCAUCAAAUGGUCGCCAAGGCUUUAGCUCAUUUCUUUGAAUUGAAGUUGCUGUUGUUGGAUGUUAACCGAGUAUUUGCAGCUUUACUCUUCAAUAAACUUUGGCUCAUCACAGUUACUUGUAUGCCAUUUUUCGCAUUUUACCGAUGCAGAGUUAAUAUGGGUGUACUAAAAAUGAUUCAGCAAGCAUUCUCUGCUGUUCAUGUAUCUCUGUUACAUUGUAAUGUAAUCCUGUGGAACGGGAGAUUGUGGUAUUUGGAGAUGAUUUGGGAUUUUAGCAAAAUAGGUAGGCGAACUUGCAUUCGAUAUGCAGUGUUCGGAGAUGGCUAGCAUUUCAUACAUUGUUCCAUACUUCCAUCUUUUGUAAUUUCUCAUUGUACAGUGUUGUAUUAUUAAAAAUAAUAAAAUAUACAUUUUAAAA